AUGUCGAAUUCCCUCCUGCCUCAAGGCGACUCCAUAAGUUCGCGCGUCCGUGGCACCAGUCAUAUUGACUUCAAGACUGCCACCACUGGUGUGGCAGCGAAGGCCAUGCGCAACGAGCUCGGUCGCCUCGUCAAUACUAUCCGGGAACCCGAGAUGAAGAAGGCGUUCGACACGGAGAUGCAGUCCUUUUUCGAUCUCUUCACCCGCUACCUCGCAGAGCGAGCGAAGAGCGUAGAAAUUCAAUGGGACAAGAUUAAAUCUCCUGCUGCAGAACAGAUCGUGCCCUACGAUGCACUUCCAAAGGUCAACGACCCGACAAUACUGAACAAACUUGCUGUUCUCAAGGUGAACGGUGGUCUCGGUACCUCAAUGGGUAUGACCGGGGCGAAGAGCGCGCUCGAGGUGAAGGAUGACAUGACUUUCCUCGACUUGACCGUGCGCCAGAUUGAGCACCUCAACACCACGCAUCGUGUGGACGUCCCACUUAUCCUUAUGACGUCUUUCAAUACGCAUGACGAUACAUUGCGGAUCAUCAAGAAAUAUGCAAAUCAGCAAUUGCGUAUUACGACAUUUAAUCAAUCGCGUUAUCCGCGUAUACACAAGGAGACGUUGCUCCCCGUACCGAAGAGUGCAGAGGACGACAAGAUUUACUGGUACCCUCCCGGUCACGGAGAUUUAUACAAUGCAAUCACACACUCUGGCGUGCUCGAUCAACUCCUCGCUGAGGGCAAGGAAUAUCUGUUUGUCUCGAACUCGGACAACCUCGGUGCUGUUGUCGACCAGGGAAUCCUUAAACAUAUGAUGGAUACCCAAUCAGAAUUCAUUAUGGAAGUUACUGACAAGACCAAGGCCGACGUUAAGGGUGGUACACUCAUUGACUACGAAGGCACCGUCCGUCUUCUUGAAAUUGCCCAAGUUCCUUCGGAACAUGUAGAAGACUUCAAAGCUAUUCGGAAAUUCAAGAUCUUCAACACAAAUAACUUGUGGAUUAACUUGAAGGCGCUCAAACGUGUCAUGGAAGAGGAGGGCAUGGAGCUCGAGAUUAUCGUCAAUCCAAAGAACCUUGAUGACGGCCAGGCGGUGAUCCAGCUUGAGACCGCCUGCGGUGCUGCCAUCAAACACUUCCGCAACGCACAUGGUAUCAAUGUCCCGCGCUCGCGCUUCCUACCCGUUAAGUCGUGCUCCGACUUGUUGCUCAUUAAGAGCGACAUCUACUCGCUGGAGCAUGGUCAGCUUGUCAUGAACGAGAACAGGCUCUUCGGAACAUCCCCUGUUAUUAAGCUCGGCGAUCAUUUCAAGAAGAUUCAACAAUUCCAGAAGCGUUUCAAGAAGAUCCCAAAGAUCAUCGAACUCGAUCACUUGACGGUUACGGGCGAUGUCUAUUUUGGUCGCAACGUUACUCUUCGAGGAACUGUCAUCGUCGUUGCAAACGAAGGCCAGCGUAUUGACAUCCCUGACGGCUGCAUCCUUGAAAACCGUCUACUUUCCGGAAACCUCAACAUGAUUGAACUAUGA